AUUCAAUCCCUCAUUGAACAGAUCGUCAACAUCGAUCUCAAACAUGCGAUAAGGCUCGUGGUGAUAAUUGGAGGCUAUUGGUUCUUACGAACCCAGCUGAACAAAUUCCUCGCAAAUCGUCAACUACAAGGGCAACUGGAGGAGAGUCAAACUGAACAGCAACAGAGCAACAUUGAGAGAUUGGUUGAGAACCCUGAACAUGAAGAGUCGUGGGGCUGGGGUAAGAAGACUAGAAAGAGAGUUAAAAGACAAGAGAAAUUGCUGCAAGAGGCAUUGGAAAGUGCAGCUGCUGGGGACGUUGAUGACGAUGAGAUUGAAGAGUUACUCCAAGAA